AUGCUACAAAUAACCAAGAUCUGUUUGGCUAAUACUGCCUCAUUGACAGUUCAGCGAAAUUUAGCUGUCACCGCUGUACGUUCUAUUGACCAGAAGUGGCGUGCAGGAAAAGGAUUGCCUGAAAACCCUAAUGCCUUUGGCCCCCUAACCAACAUGCCCGAUUACACCUUUCUAGAUGGACGACCCACACCACUGGGGGCAAACCAGAAGAGACGUCUCCUGAAGCAACAAGAAAUUGCCGCCAAGAUCGUGGAACUGAGUGGAGAACUGGAAUUCGCCAAGGAAAGGCAUGAACGAUUGAAAACGGAAGCCGAAGCCGAGAAACAACGAAUCCUACAGAAUAAGCUGAAACCCAAGGGUCACCUGCUGCUCAAGCAAAAAAAGUAGCCGUUUUAUCAGCUUCCUAUUUUUACUUGUUGCUUUUAUAAGUUAUCAUAAGCUUAGUGAAUGAAGAUGAAUUAUACGAGAUGGGUCUUGUGAUGUGGACACAUGUUUGCCGAAAA